AUGCAGAUCCUUGAGACCAUCGACGCCUUCCGUCAGGCGCGACACGCGCUGCCUCCAAACGCGACGCUGGGUCUCGUUCCGACGAUGGGGGGCCUCCAUGAGGGUCACAUGUCGUUAGUAAAGCAGGCGCGUAGCUCCUGCGACUUUGUGGCUGCCAGCAUCUUUGUAAACCCGGCACAAUUCGGUCCAAACGAGGACUAUUCCAAGUAUCCGCGGACGUUCGAGAAGGACGUGGCGUCGCUGAAGGAACAAGGUGUCAAUUUGGUCUUCUUCCCAUCGGCGGAUGAAAUGUAUUCGCCCCACCACAGCUGCUACGUCGAUCCGGAGGGGUUUGACGACCUGGUGGAGGGUCGAUGUCGCAAAGGCCACUUCCGUGGCGUCGCCACAGUCGUCACUAAGCUGUUUAACAUCGUACAGCCGACACACGCGUUCUUCGGACAGAAAGAUGCGGCUCAGGUCGUGUUGAUCAAACGCAUGGUGUCAGACCUGAACAUCCCGGUGCAGAUUAAUGUCGUGCCUAUUGUGCGUGAGGCUGAUGGUCUGGCCUUGUCGACACGUAACCAGUAUUUGUCGCCUGUGGAGCGAGAGGUGGCCAGUGUAUUACACCGCGGACUUGGGCAUGCACAGGAUUUGUUCCAGAAGGCGAAGAAGGACGGCAAGUCGACGAUCAAUGCAGCGGCACUGCGCGAUGUUGUUCGUCAGGAAUACGAACGUCAACCGCUGGUGAAUGCCAUCGACUACGUGUCUGUGGGGUCAAAGCAAACGAUGCAGGAGUUGUCCGAGGUGGAUACGAUCGAGGGAGCCAUCAUUUCUGUCGCCGUCAAGCUCGGCCAGUGCCGACUGAUCGACAACAUCGUUCUGUAA